GCUGCCCCUUGCCGGGCGGGGGGCUCCCUCCAGCCGGCGAGAGGGCGAGCGCUGUGCUUGUUUCUUUGCAAGAAGACCUCUCCAGGCACCCCGAGCGGCGCUCCCCGGCCUUUUGCAAUAUAGAGGGGAAGCAGGCCAUGGUGAACCCCGGCGGCAGCGCGCAGCCGCCCCCGGUCACGGCGGGCUCCCUCUCCUGGAAGAGGUGCGCCGGCUGCGGGGGGAAGAUCGCCGACCGCUUCCUGCUCUACGCCAUGGACAGCUACUGGCACAGCCGCUGCCUCAAGUGCUCCUGCUGCCAGGCCCAGCUGGGCGACAUCGGCACCUCCUGCUACACCAAGAGCGGGAUGAUUCUCUGCAGAAACGACUACAUCAGGUUAUUUGGAAAUAGUGGUGCUUGCAGUGCCUGUGGACAGUCCAUUCCUGCUAGUGAGCUGGUCAUGAGGGCACAGGGCAAUGUCUAUCAUCUUAAGUGUUUUACAUGCUCUACCUGCCGGAAUCGCCUGGUCCCCGGAGAUCGGUUUCACUACAUCAAUGGCAGUUUAUUUUGUGAACAUGAUAGACCUACAGCUCUCAUCAACGGCCAUUUGAAUUCACUUCAGAGUAAUCCACUACUGCCAGACCAGAAGGUCUGCUAAAAGGUCAGAGUAAUGCAGAAUGCGUGCCUUCAUCUCAAAUUUUGUUCAUCACAGAUGGAUCCCAUGUCUCCAAGUAGACAAGUCACCUUUGUAGCUAGCAUCAAUGCCAGCUCCAUACCAUUGCACCUUCUUUAUUCUUGAUUGCCCUUCCCACAUUUAUUGGUGUAUUAAAAUGACUGAAUAUGAACAUUAAGGACUCCAUGAACCUGGGCUAAUGGGAGACUGUAGAGAAAAUGAAAAAAGAUCCACCGGAGGACAUCUUGGGGGGGGCGGGUGGGGAAGAUGACUAAUGAAGCUAAUUAAAAGCAUUGAAAUCUGCUUUCUACCCUCAUUAACAAUUAGCAGGGCACUGGCCAGUUUGUACCCUGUGUUUUACCUUAACAACAUUCUAUUUGCUCUUUGUAUAUUUAAGUGUUGUAAGGAAAUGUGUUUCAAUCAAACUGAACAUGAGAUAAAGAUGUGGCUUUUGUGAUAUUCUAUCACAAACACUUUUAUUGUAUCUCUGUAAAAUACAAUGUAUGUAUGCAUGUAAGUGUUUUUGUCCUAAUGUUGCUACUUCCCAUGGCAAAAAAAAAAAAAAAAGUCAGGCUCAUAGCAGCUACUGUGUAGAAAUUUUCACCUACUUCUAAUUUGCUGAAUGAAGAAAAAUCUUUUAUUUGUGAUAUUUUCAGAGACAUUUGCUCUAGUAUGGUGUAUUUAAAUAAUAAAAAGUAAAACAAAACUGA